GGGCUAUGGGGUACGAAGGUGGGGAAGCGGUUGCAUAGUGACAUCGGUUUAUCUCUUGGUCUGGGUUUGCUGGAGUGAGAGCCAGGGCUGGAAACGGAGCUGGAUCCAAACUUGAGCUUGUUGGAGGCGAUCGGCCCCGAAGAGGUUGGGUGACCCCAGAGACUGUGGGGCCCGCGGGUUGCAAAGGCGUGGGCAUUGAGGUUUCUUCACACCAAGGUUGAAAGGGGCGCGCGGGUGACAGAGGGUAGUCACGAAAGGGCAACGCCCCGCCCCUCCUGGCAGAGGUCCGCCUCCAGGAUCUAGGCUGGCCCGGCCGGGCUGCCCACGGGCCCCACGUUAGAGGAGCUGGGCCGCGGAGAGGGCCGGGGUGCCCAAGGGACUGGCCUGUCGCUCCCACAGGCAAUGCCGAUACCCAGACAGGGUUUUCCACCCGUACUACGACUUCCUUUUUGAUAUUUUAAAUUUACCUGUUUCUCUGCGGUCUCCUUAUUCCAUGGGUCGGGUAGCUGGGACCCUCACACACAAGGCUUAUUUCUGGUUUUCUCAUUUUCAAGUGGGAUGCCCGCCACGUUUCUGUGUUCAGAGGCUAUCUGGGCACUCACAUCCCCAGCCGAGUCCCCAGCCGGGUGAUGCAGCGACAGACACUCCCCCCACCCCUGUGAGUGCACUGGGUGCCUCUCCUCCUUCCUGGCCCACCGCACUGGGCCAUUUCUACACCCACCUGCCAUCUUCACCCUUCCCUCCUCUCUUUGGCAUGCUCACGCGAUUUACUCAAUGAAACGCAAGUUACCCCAAGUGUGUGUGUGUGUGUGUGUGUGUGUGUGUGUUUUAACAUUCAGGGGGAGAUCAUAAACAGGAAUUAGUCACGCUAGGUACCCACUACCCCUGCCCUAACGGGUGGAGUGGGAAAGAGAAGCCUCCUUCGAAAUCAGCAUGAUUCAGGAUUUUUUAUUCAAGCAGUGACAUAGGAAAUUGUAAAAUGUGAUGGGGGUGGGGGGGCCACAUACACCCUAGGGUGGGUGGAUGCGGGGAGAGCAAGCAGGCUUCCCAAAUGCCUAAUGUAAUCACGGGCCAGCUGCAUGCACUUGUAAAGUUGUUAUAACCCCCUCCUUGUUAUAAACAGGAAAGCCCAGAAUAUAAAGCUGGAGACCCACAUUCACAAAUACCAGGCCCCCCCGAGCCAGCUGCCACGGCCUCCUUUUAUGGUGUUCCUCCCUUGCAACCUUGGCCCCAUCAGGAGGACCUUAGUUUUACCCCCGAUUCUCCAAAUGGAUUUAUUUUGAAAUCAUCCUCAACGGAGUUGUAGACCAGGUGCUCUACCCCAGGUCCCCAGUGCCCUAGGCCUUCCCUUGCAGAGAGGCUGGGCUCCCAAAGUCCAUUUCCCUUUGAUUUUCAGGGAGCCCUGGAAGGGAGGGUGUGGCAGAGCAGGUCCCUAGAGAGUGCAGCGUCCUACUGGCUCUGCCACCUGUUUUUCCAAGGAGGGCUGCAUCCCCUUCUCAGCCGACAGUCAGGCUUCUUAGACACCCUCUUGCCGCAAUCUAAAAGGUUCCUAGGACCUCAGAAAGCAUUUUCCUAGACCGUGGCAUCUCCACAUCUCCGGUUAAGCCUGGGAGAAGAAAAGGCCUUUUGUGGGAGGCCCCGGGGUUAUGGGGCUCCCCCAGGCCAGCAUAAAACUCAUCCCUGCAUACCCAGCCCCCUCUCCACCUCUCCUUCCUGCCUCGGCAGACCAUGCUCCAGCCACCCCGGUCUACAUCCUGCUUCACUGACUGUGUGUGCUUACAGCGUCAAGGGGUGGACGUGAUAUUUCAAACAUCAGAUCAGUGCGUUUAUAUAUUGGGUGCCCGGAAAUUUUUCCAAAUAAACACAGCUUGAUUCAACUUGGGUGGGCGGACUUAUCAACAGACUAAUUCUAUAAACAAAUGAAGGAAUAGCCCCAAAACCGAUUGGCUGGUAUCAAAAAGACACGUGGAGGGAAAAGCUUGGAGUUUUUCAGCAAUGAAAUUUUAAUUAAUGUGGGUGGGCUGAGAACACAAGGACUGUUUAUCAUAGACAAUUUAUUUUCCAGCGCUAAGUCAACAUAUAACAGCAAACUUACAACAAUUAUUUAACAUUUUUAAAGCCAUGAAGAAGGGACAGAGCUCGGAGCGGCCGGGGAGAGCGUCGGAGCCAGAGGCAGAGGCUCGGCGGGCUGCCCAGGAGGGCCCUUGCGGCGCAGGGCGCUGUGCCUAGGCCGCCCGGGUCGCCUGCGUCGCGGGGAGCGCAGCACAGGCUCUCGCCUGCCAUGAGCCACCUCUUCGAUCCCCGGCUGCCCGCCCUGGCCGCCUCGCCCAUGCUCUAUCUGUACGGCUCGGAGAGACCCGGGCUGCCUCUGGCCUUCGCCCCUGCGGCCGCUCUGGCUGCCUCGGGCCGGGCCGAGACCCCGCAGAAGCCUCCCUACAGCUACAUCGCGCUCAUUGCGAUGGCGAUCCAAGACGCACCCGAGCAGAGGGUCACGCUCAACGGCAUCUACCAGUUCAUCAUGGACCGCUUCCCAUUCUACCACGACAACCGGCAGGGCUGGCAGAACAGCAUCCGCCACAACCUCUCGCUCAACGACUGCUUCGUCAAGGUGCCCCGCGAGAAAGGGCGGCCGGGCAAGGGCAGCUACUGGACGCUGGACCCCCGCUGCCUGGACAUGUUUGAGAACGGCAACUACCGGCGCCGGAAGAGGAAGCCCAAGCCAGCCCCCGGGGCCCCGGAGGCCAAGAGGCCCCGCGCGGAGACUCACGAACGCGGCGCUGAGGUUCAACCGGAGACGGAGAGCGGGGAAAGGGGCUCCGGCCCAGCGAUCCCCCGCCUGGAGGGAACGCCCGCCGGCCCUUCGCCUCACCUGGAUGGCCCCCCUCCGUCGGCGCCCCUCCACUGGCCGGGGACCGUGUCCCCAGAUGAGGACCCCGGUGAUGCUGUCCAGGGCGCAGCGGUCGUGGCGGUCGGCCAGCCAGCGCGCACGGGGGACGGCCCGGGGUCCCCUGUGCGCCCCGCCUCCCGAAGCUCUCCGAAGAGCUCCAAGUCCAAGAGCUUCAGCAUAGACAGCAUCCUGGCGGGAAGGCAGGGCCAGAAGCCGGCUGCAGGGGACGAGCUCCUGGGGGGCGCCAAGCCGGGGCCCAGCGGCCGUCUGGGCGCCUCGCUCCUGGCCGCCUCCUCCAGCCUCCGUCCGCCUUUCAACGCUUCCCUGAUGCUAGACCCGCACGUCCAGGGCGGCUUUUACCAGCUCGGGAUCCCCUUCCUCUCCUAUUUCCCCUUGCAGCUCGCCGACACGGCGCUCCACUUCCAGUAAAGCAAACAAUGACGCGGUUCUUCUCCCUCGCCGGGCCUGAGCCUCCGCUGUGCGAAAGGCCUUAGCUCCCAACGGCCGGGGAUUUUAAAAUGACCUUUGCCUGGGUCGGCCUGUGGGUUCAGGAAAGUGUUACCAACCAUUGUGCGCAGGUGUGCGCGCUUGCCUGACUUCUUCGAAGCAAACUUUUCCCAGCAACCCGGCGCGGCUAUGGAGACUUAAAAGACCCGGUCCCCGCGGGGUCGUGGGCAUUGCACGCGGGCACCGUAGGGACCUCUACCGCAGGAGAUUCCUUGACCUUUGGCCUGCCUAAUGGAGUGGUCUUCAGCCGCCCACCACAGGUCCUAUGCGUCCCGGGCCUGCGAGGGCCCGCAGACCACCCAAGGCAGGCCUUAGAGGCUCAAUGUGGUCCUUUCGACCGGGGACCCCCGUAUGACUUUCCACUGCUUCACUGUUGCCAUGUGGCUAAGGUCUUGGUUUUGAGCCCAUCUGUGUGGUGGGUGGACACAGCUGGGUUUGUCCCUGACUUGAAGUUGUGGGGGUGCUGGGGGUGACCCGGGUUUUCAGGUUUUCUGGGAGGUGCAGGGCCUGGUGAGGAUUUGUGACCAAUGUUCAGGCACAGAAGCUGAUAAACCGCCCAGAGCAGUAACACUUUUAUUUUAAACAGAGAAUUUUUCUCUUAAUUUCUUUCCGGGUAUUAAAAAAAACCCUGUUUUAUUCUUUGCAUUAAUGCUUGACUCUAAGCAUUGACCUUUGAAAACGCCUGUAGUAACAACUUUAAGAAAGCACACUCUGUAUAACAUAUUCUUGCAUUAUGAUAGCUCAUUAGCCAAUACACGUGCAGCAAUGUAACCGAGACAGCAGACGUCCUAUCUUUUUGCUUUUGUUUUUAAGGGAUCAAAAUAUUUCAAGGGAUACCAUGAGGAAGGGUGUGAGGGGGAGGGGAUAUGUCUCAGACUGUCAGAGUUUUGAUUUCCAUGUUGUUUUUUUAAGACCCAGUCUUGCUCGUUGCUAUAUUUUUCGGAAUCAGAUAAUGAAGGACUACAUUUCUAAAAAGUUAGAUGAAACAACCAAAAAGCAGAUGCAGAGAGAGAGAGGGAUGAAUGUGGGGGACAGAAUAAGGGGACCUGCUGGUGUCCACUGGAAGAGGCUUCUCUGGGCCCCAGAGGACUUGAGUCUUGAUGGCAGGAAUCUCCCAGACACUCCCAGUCUCUGUACCCCUUCUGCUGUACGCUCCUCCCUCCAGCCCUGCCUGGCAGUCCCGGAGGCUGAUGCUAAAUCAACAUCUUAAAGAGGUAACUGGCAGUCAGGGGAGGGGAGCAGAGGGCUGCAACAAAAAUCUAUGAAGCACAUUGAGAUGUUCACAGCCAAGUGCAGCUUGCAACUUUGGGGAGAGGCACCCAGCCUCCACGGCAUCUCUAGCUGGGUUGUCUUAGAGGUCCUGAAAUGCAAUUUUCUGAACAUCCAAGUAACUUUCAUUUUAUGUCAUGUGAGAAAGACACACACAGUCACACAUUCUUGGAAGUAGGCUGGGAGGGAGGUCUUUCAGAUAGCCUUUAAAAUGGUUUCCAGGACUUAUCUAAAAACGAUGACAAACUUUUUAUCCAGCGGGCCUGUUGGUCAGUGUGUUGAAAAGGACAUUGCAGGCUGGCAGAGUCACUGAAUAAUUCAUAGACACAGAGGUGACUUUUGGAAAAUUCAUUCUUAUAGCCAUGCCGAAGCAGGCUUCCACAACUGGGUUCCACCCAGGCCAGUGGGAAGACUCUGGGAAACUGCAGCCCAGCCUUGAUUGGAAGAACUUCCAGGAGAUGUCAUUGCUGAGAUCCAGGCUCACUGUGAUUAACUGAAAAUGUGGUGGAAGGGCUGUCACUGGACAUUUUGUUUUCCCAAACUCUCAGCCUCUGUGAAUAAAGUUGUUUUUUCAUUAACCUCUCA